AUGGCCGUUAACUCUUGGCAAUGGGUUCUUGCGGCUUUUGAGAUGUACGACAGCGUGGAGCUUGAAGAUGAAGGAAUUUUUUCAAGCAGAGGCGAAAGCGCGGACUGGGGUUUGUCAACUUCUCCGAGCCGGUCGAUUUCAAGAAACCGCAAGGCAGUUUCACCGUCGAAAUCCAAGGCUUCGUCGGACGAUUGCAAGACCCUGGAGGUUCUUUUUUCUUCCAGCGAAUCGUGCAAUGGCAAAUGCGAGAAAAAAGAUUCGUUGGCGGAGCUGAUAGCUACGGAGGAGGUCAUUAUGAACUUCUUGGAAAGGUCAACCCUCGCCCAAGAACCCAACCAGAUUGACGACCCAGUCGCCGUAUUUCCACAAUGCGUGUGGCCGCUGAUUGCUUACCAACAAGCCAUGGUUGCAGGGUUCUGGUUGCGAAUCUUCAGAUUUCUCAUUCCUGCAAGAAAGAAGCUCCCGGAGGACCGGAUUCGUCCUGCAGACGCAGAGCAACCAUCCUGCGACCAACAGGACUUUCCAAUAAUAAGAGCUUCGGAUGCCACGUCAGCUGACGUGAAUGCGGACUGCAUCGUCUGGAGCGCUCCGCGUGGCGGUGAAACGCCAGUCGCAGCAUCGGCAGAAGCAGAUUCGGACGACGCGUCGUCAGACCACCUCUUCAACGUUCCGCAGCUGGCGCCGCUGAGUCCCUCCGACGAGCCUUUUGAUACAUCCAAGUUGCUUCCUCCGCUUCGCUCCGUCCAUCUCAACCGCAAGACUCUUGUCCUCGACUUGGACGAAACCCUCAUCCAUUCCGUCUUCACGCCGAUCAUGAACGCCGAUUUCGUCAUCAGCUUGGACGUUGACGGCCGACUGACUACUAUUUACGUCCAUAAGCGUCCCGGAGUGGAGGAGUUUCUCCGCGCCGUCGCGCAGGUAUACGAGGUGGUCGUUUUCACCGCGAGCAUGGCGGGUUACGCGAACGCGCUCGUCGAUCUGUUAGAUCCGCAGCGCUGCCUCGUUCACCACCGUCUUUUCCGGGAUUCCUGCAUCUGGUGGAGGAACAGCUACGUCAAGGAUCUGACGAUGCUCGGAAGGGACCUGACUAAGACCAUGAUAGUUGAUAACAGCCCGCUCUCCUACGCGUUUCAGCCGGAGAACGGCAUUGCGAUACCCUCGUACUACGACGAGCAGGGGGACCGUGAGCUCGCGAAGCUUGUCCCCGUUUUAAUGAAGCUCGCUACGGUCGAGGAUGACGUUCGGCUCCACCUUGCGGGGCUUGGGAGCGUCCAUGUGGGGUGA